UUUUAACCAGCGCCGAAGAAGCUGUAUGCGUGUUCUGGAAGUUUUCGCGCUGCUGUGAACGAAUCUCGGUGAAGCUUUUCCCCAAUGGCGCAAGGAGAACUCAAAAUCUCUGUACUUAACAGUAAACGGAACCCUGAAUCCCCAAUUGAUUCACGCAAAAGAAAGAGGCAGAAGAUAGCAGAACAUAGAAAGUCUCUUCCUAUUGCAUCAGCGGAGAAGCGUCUGAUUGAGUUGGUUCGUAAGAACGAUGUUUUGAUUAUUGUUGGUGAAACUGGUAGUGGGAAGACUACUCAGCUGCCUCAGUUUCUAUUCAGUGCUGGAUUCUGUAGGGAAGGGAAGAUGGUUGGGAUAACACAGCCGAGGCGUAUCGCUGCUAUGUCUAUUGCCAAAAGGGUAGCUGAGGAGAGUGAAGUUGAGUUGGGGCAGAGGGUUGGUUAUGCCAUUAGGUUUGAUGAUUGUACUUCUAGCUCCACGAGGUUAAAGUACAUGACUGAUGGUUUUUUGUUGAGGGAAGCCAUGUUGGAUCCGCUUCUUUCUAGGUAUUCAGUCAUUGUAGUCGAUGAAGCCCACGAGAGGACUGUUGACACUGAUGUUCUUCUGGCCUUGCUGAAAGAUGUGCAGCGGGCUCGGUUAAGAGAGUGUCAAGGCAGGAGAGUAUCUCCGUUGAAGCUGAUAAUAAUGUCUGCGAGUUUGGAUGCAAGUGUUUUCUCCGAGUACUUUGGUGGUGCUAAAGGUGGUCGUGUGCUAGGGCGACAGUGUGACGUUGACAUUCUUUACACCGUUCAUCCUGAAACUGAUUAUGUGGAAGCAGCUCUGGCCACCAUAUUUCAGAUUCAUUCGGAGGAGGAGCCAGGUGAUAUACUUGUUUUCCUAACUGGGCAAGAGGAGAUUGAAUCUGUUGGAAGACUUGUCAAAGAAAGACUUCAGGGUUUACCUGAAGACCAGAGGAAGCUACUGCCACUCUCUAUCUUUGCUGCUCUUCCAUCAGAGCAGCAAAUGAAAGCUUUUGCCCCUGCUCCACUUGGUUUCCGUAAGGUGAUUUUGGCGACAAAUAUAGCAGAGACAUCGAUUACAAUUCCCGGAAUAAGAUAUGUGAUAGACCCUGGGGUUGUUAAGGCACAAAACUAUGAUCAGAGCAAGAGAAUAAAGACGCUUGAUGUUGUUCCAGUAUCAAAAGCACAGGCGCUCCAAAGAAGUGGACGUGCAGGACGUGAAGGUGAUGGGAAAUGUUAUCGUCUUUAUCUCGAGAGUGAAUUUUGGAAGCUGGAGGAUUCAACCAAACCAGAGAUCAAGAGAUGCAAUCUCUCAAAAGUCAUUUUGCAGCUCAAGGCUCUGGGUAUUGAUGAUAUUGCUGGAUUUGAUUUUAUAGAUAAACCUUCAAGGGGAGCCAUUGUGAAAGCAUUGGCGGAGUUGUACUUGCUUGGCGCCUUGACGGAUGAUUGCAAACUAGCGAAACCCGCCGGAGAACAAAUGUCACGGCUCCCACUAGAUCCUGUUUACUCCAGAGCGCUUAUUUUGGCAAAUCAGUUCAACUGUCUCGAGGAAAUGUUAAUCACUGUUGCAAUGCUCUCUGUGGAAUCCAUUUUUUAUGAUCCUCGUGAGAAGAGAGAAGAGUCAAGAACUUCAAGAAACCACUUUGCAAGCGCCGAAGGGGAUCACCUGACGUAUCUUAGUGUGUAUCGAGAGUUGAAUGAGUUACUUGAGAAGAGAAAGACAGAAAGGAGUGAAGCCAAAAUUGAUAAAAUCAUGGGAAAAUGGUGCAAGGACAACUUCGUGAAUUGUCGUUCAUUGAAACAUGCCCGUGACAUAUAUAGACAAAUUCGUGGACACGUUGAACAGAUGGGGUUUAAUGUCUCUUCGUGUGGGAAUGACAUGCUCGAGUAUCGUAGAUGUCUUGCUGCAUCGUUUUUCCUUCAAGCAGCACAGAGACAGAUGGAUGGUACAUACAGGGCGUUGGAAAGUGGGGAGAUUGUCCACAUCCACCCACGUUCUGUUUUGUUCAGUUCCAAACCCGAGUGCGUUAUCUUCGACGAGCUCAUACAAACCAGCGAGAAGUUCAUUAAGAACCUGACAAGAAUUGAUCCUUUGUGGUUGGCUGAGUUGGCUCCCCAUCAUUACAAAACAGAUGAGUGACUUAACGUGUCUCCUCAAGGUUAAAACCACAACCGAUAGAUAGUCUCAGUAGCUUUUGAUCUUUUAUAACUUGGCUUAGAGAGAGAGAAGAAUUUGAUAUUUUUUCCAAGUUUCAUCUUUUUUCUCCACAUAGCAAUUGCAUGCAUCAUUGUUUGAUACCCCAUGUCCUCAU